GUGUCGAUCCCUGAUUGGCCAAAGUUUGCUGGUCUGGUGGUUCGUGAUUUGAUGCCUGUGAUUCCUACUUGGCCAGACGAUGUUGUUGAGGAGUUGCAGUUGAAACCCCAUGAAGUCAGGCAAUUCACACUGGAUGGUUCUCACAUGCGGAAGUAUGUCCUGCAACCUGACCAAAAGCUUCCUACCAGUUUGCACAGUUGGGGAAGCCAAGCUGAUCCGUGUCCAUGCACCUGUCGUCAAGAGCCUUUCAGUGAAGCCCUGGUUCGAAGUAAAGGCAUUUAUGCUGUGGUGGUCCAGAUCUUGUCUGAGUCAGGUGAACCACAGUACAGACAUUUGCAUCCGACUGAGCUUGCCCUUUUGAACGGUCUGCCACCUCCCGAUGUUUGGAACUCAGCGGACAGACCUGACUUGCGGCUUUGUCUGUGUGGUGUUGGACAACUUGCGUCUCCACUUCAAUCUUUGUGGGUAGGGGCAUGCAUUCGUGCGCAGUUGCUGGAAAGAUGUGGUCUUCCUGCGGACUCUGUUUCUCCUGUCUGUCGUCUCCAGCAGUUCAAGCAGAAGCUGUAUGACGUUGCCAAGACUCUCUUUCGCAGUGUCCCGCCUGUUGCCCCGACAAUUGUGGAUCCUGAGGUGCAUGAAGUCACGCUGGUGUAUGCCGACUGUACUCAGGUCACAGUGCAGGUUUCUGCCGACGCCACUGUUUCUCAGCUGCGUCAAGCGGAUGAUGCUCUUCAAGGACCGGAGGAUGGAAAGUGGAUUGAUGCUCAGUCUUCGUCUGUCUUGCAAGGUCAUGAGACGGUUAGUGGUCGCACCAUACAGGUCUGUUCAUCCCCGUCCAGUGAGCCGAUGUCUGAACCUGAUGCUACUGGAAUUGAUCCCAUUCAGCUUGAGCAGGAUUUGCCGAUUGUCCCUCACCGACCUGUCUUGGAUGUGUCUCUCUCCAGCCCUAGCCGUGGACUUGAUGUCGUGUCUGAUUUUCAUGGCUUGAAGCGUCACUGCACGGUUGAUGUCCGGCUUCCGGUUGAUGCCCUUUCUGGUCUUCUUGCUUUGACCGGUCCUCAGUUGGCUGCACUGGUUCCUCCGAUUGUGGUGACCAGAGAACAGUGUGUUGCCAUGCGUCAGGCCUCAACUUCGAGCUCCUCUCGCUUGCAGAUUCUCCACAACCAGGGAGUUGCCAUGGGUGAUGAUGAACUGACCCUUCAUGUGAUGUCUUGUGUGCAGUUGUCAGGUCGUUCUGAUCUGCGGUUUUUAGAUCCCCUGCUUGCUUCUGGGUGGCUCCGUCAUGGUACCGUUGAUCAGGUAAGGGUCACAAUGUGGGAGCAUGAUGAUGGAGUGGUUGAACCGUUGUGUCCGUUGCAUGGCUUGAUCAGUCAAGCGUGGCAGCGUCCUAUGUUUGCUCUUGCAUGCAACAGGCGUUCCUUUGGACGUGAUCACUGCGGUACUGCGGCUGUGUGCUUCCUUGGCCAAUUGUUGCUGAACAAGCCCUUGCCUGUCCAUGAUGAAGAUUUGGUGCGUAUUCAUGCUGAGUUGCGCACAAGCUUUGGUGCUGCCAUUGGACUUUUGACUGAAGUGCCAAAGCCUUGGUGCUGGGGGUUGGGUGUCCCUGAUGUGACCGGUCUUGUCGCCAACCUGUUGCAAUUGCAUGGUGUGCCACAUGCCCAGUGCAAUUCACGUGCCAAGAUGAUCCUCCAGAGCUUAGGCAAGACUGAAGUCCAAGCUGCUGUCACAGGAGUUGCACCAUGGAAGUCAUUGAAGCACUUGGCCAACCUGCACCAGCCAGUGAUCCAGCUGGUGUUGCCCGAUGAACAGGCUCAACAUGUUGCAGCCCGCCAGAGCCAAACCAGCAUGCCUAAGAAGAAUGCAGGUGGCACCAAACGCCUCCCCCCUGCCAGGCCAGCUGAGCUGGACCCAUCCAAGUUGGUUAUUGAUCAUGGGGCCUUUUGCAUUGAUGCUGACGAGCCAUUGUCACAGACCCCCUUCUCGACUUUGGGACCUCUGUCUGUUGGAAUUGCCUUGGCCACCUACGCGGACGCUGCUCCCUUUCUUGAUGAUGGACAGGUGUUGUCACGUGGUGGGCUUGCCCUGCUGAUCAUUAACCCUCCUGCUGACUUGUCCACAUCCUUGCAGUGGUCGUCUCUGAGGUUUGCUGCACGUUGCACUUACAAUAACGAACCCAUGUUGUUGUCUGGAGUCUUGGUUCAGCUUGGCCGCAAAACUGUGUACCAAUUCCGUGCCAAGAAUGUGCCGUCCAUCAUGUCCGUUGAUGUUGCAUGUGCCCGGGUUACUGUCCACUAUGAUCAGUGGGAGCAGAGCUGGGAAGACUUUGCCAGCAAGCCAGUGAAGCAUGUCCUUGCGUGCAUCCCAUGCCUUCAAACUUGCAGAACGGAAGGAUGCCAAUGUCCUGCCUGGCACCCCCAACAGUCGGAUCAGCAUGAUGCCCUGCUGGAUGUCUUUCGCAGACAGUUCUUCGGUGACAAUGGGCGUCCGACGAAGUGGGACAAAGCUUCUUACUUUGCGGUCCUCAUUCGAUAUGUGAAAAGCCUGGAAACAACAGUUUUGUCUCUGAGUGGCCGCAAUGGAGUUUUCAUCGAGCCCAAAACUGAAGAUGCCAUGCAGCCUCACAAUGAUUUUCAGGUCAUUUGGCUUCCGAACCUGGACUUUGCAGCAAUCGCUCAUAAAGCCAAGUGUGAGGCCCACUGCAUCGGCAUUGCCAGGUCAGGCCGACGCUUUGGACUUCGCGUCAUGGCUCAGCACUUUGCCGAAGUUUUUGCCAGUGUCAAACCAGAAGCAGUUUACUUGGCUCCAGGGUCCCGACUGACCUACCACACGGGCCCUUGGCCGUAUGGUUGUGACAGAAAGAGCAUUGCCAAAGCUCUGCGUGCUGUUGGGUGGGAAUGCAGACCCUUGCAGCCUUUGCAAAGUGUUGUCGGUGGGUUGGUUUGGUCGGUCCAGGCCAUUUGUGAACCCCCCAACAAUGUCCUGUCAAUGCAGCAUGGUCAGGUGGUUUUGACCAGGCAUGAUCCGCGUCAAGCACCUGCUGAGGCCCCUGCACCUGUUGUCGGCCAAGAAGCCACUGUCCGCCUGUGCUCUGUACAGUCCCUGCAACAACAGAUGCUGGUCUCCAUGGACCUCCAAAGCAAGCAGAUGCAGACAAUGCUCACGGAGCAAAUGUCUCGCAUAGAGACGAUUUUGUGCAAGAAGAGUAAGUUUCAGUUGGUUAGCAGCAUAGAUGCCUCGGUCGUCGCCAUCAGUGAGACUCACUUGUCCAAAAGGUCCACCAAUGCUUUUUCUGGCAGCCUCCGGGCUAUGCGUUCCCGUUUUACAAAAGUUGUCACUGGCGCCCCACUCCCGCAGAGGGCCGCCAGUAGCGAUGCAGGUAGUUAUGCUGGAGUUGCGUUCGCUUCAUGCUUUCCUUGCCGCACCUUGGCAGUUCCAUGGCCAGUUGAUGCGUACGAGACCAGCCGUGUUCAGUGUGCUGCCUUUUUCAGCCCUGCAGGGUGGGUCACAGGUGCUGUUGUGUAUGGGUACCCACAAGGCAAGACCCAUGUUGACGCCAAGGGGAAAACUGAGUUGCUGUUGGAUUUUCUGUUUGACCAUUUGCACUCCUUGCCAGGUCCUCUGUUCUUCGCUGGCGAUUGGAAUUUUGAGCCACGUGAAUUGGAAGUAGUUGCCAAACUUCGUGCUGCUGGUUGGGUGGAAGUCCAAGACCUUGUGCUACAGCGUACUGGUGCCCCGAUCCAGAAGACAUGUAAAGGGGCCACUAGAAAGGAUCACCUCUGGUUGUCCCCUGAGUUGGUGCUUGCCUUUGUGGGACUGUCCUUGGAUUUUGAAACCUUUGCCGAUCACGCUGUCAUGGUUGCACGGUUCCGUGGGGAUACUUGUCAUGCUGAGCGCUUUGUGUGGCCGUGUCCUCAACCUGUGCCCUGGUCCCAAGUCCCUCCGUCUGGAUUUGCAGUGGAGUUUUCCUAUCCGACUGACCCGUCAACUCAGUAUGCAGUGUUGUGGCAACAGCGUGAGCAAAGUGCCCAGGAAGCUUUGCAGGACCAGUGGGUCCCGGCCAUGGGUGGUCGAGGUCAACAAACCAAACCCCGCCGUGUGGUUGGCAGGCAUGCCCCUAUCAAACGAGGGCGCUACCAAGAUGUCCAGCCCACCUUUUAUGGAUUUUCAUCGGUGCAUGCCCAGCGGUUCAAGCAGUUGCGGCGUCUGCAGAACUACUUGAGGUGGGUUGUGAAUCACGAGGCUGGGAAAACCUCGGACACUACUCAUGGCAUUGCGUUGUGGUCUGCUGUGUUGAAGUCACCUGGGUUUGUCCCUUCCUUUUCCCGUUGGUGGCCUGAACGUUGGUAUGUGUGCCCCAAUGAUCCUUGCAGCAUUCCCCAGUUUUGUCCUGCCUCCAGUGUUGCCCAUCAGAUCUUUGAUGCUGUCUUCGCUGAAGUGCGGUUGUUUGAGCGUCGGUUGGUUCACAUGCGCGCUGCUCACAGGUCUGCACAGCAUGCUGCUGAUCGGAACCUGAUUUUCAGGGAAGUUUCUCGCCCAUCUGCAGAGCCUGUUGAAACGUUGCUUCAUCAAGUCAGUGGGGUUGUUGAAGAAGUUGAUGCUCAGGAGUCGGCUGUCAUCCUUACUGAGUCAGUUGAUGUGCGUCCUGGAUUUGCCUUGUGGGUCGGGGGAUCUCCAAAGGAUGUCAUACAUGCUGAAGCUGAUAAGGUGUGGCUUACUGACAUCGAUGGCAUCCAGGCCACUGACAGAGUUGUCCAAUCUGAGCCCGUCGGUGACCUGGCGGCUAUUUUUGAUGCCUUUCAUACCCAAUGGAAGCAACGCUGGUGCCGUCAUGAUGCAACUUCCUUCCGUCAAUGGGAUCAGCUUGUGGGUUUUGCCUCUCGUGUUCUCCGGCCUUCACCCAUACCUCACCUCCGGGUUGACGUGGACUUGUUGCGUGCUGAAGUGUCCCGGAAGAAAAAGACUGCAGCGACUGGGCUUGACGGAGUCAGCAGGCAAGACUUGCUCCUUGCCGAUGACCAAACGCUGCAAAGUUUGGUCAAUGUGUUUUGCCGAGCGGAAUCCGAUGGCAUGUGGCCUUGCCAAUUGUUGGCAGGCAAAGUCCACUCUCUCGCCAAAUGCGCAGGUGCUUCGGGAGUUGGAGACUAUAGGCCCAUAACUGUCUUUGGUUUGCCCUAUCGUGCUUGGUCCAGCCUCCAGUCGAGACACCUCUUGCAAUGGGCUGAAACCUGGGUUGACGAAGGAGUUUAUGGUAACAGGAAGGGACGUCAAGCCUCUGACCUUUGGAACUUCUUGCUUCUCCAGAUUGAAAUGGCAUACAGCACUGGCCAACCCAUUUGCGGGCUAUCGGCUGACUUGGAGAAAUGCUUCAACUGUAUUCCCAGGUUUCCUGCGUUGUGCCUUGCCGUUCUUGCAGGAACCCCUUCCGAAGUUACAACUGCAUGGGCUGGUGGACUUGCCUCCAUGAAACGGCACUUUAAGGUCCGUGAGUCGUUCUCCAGUGGCUUUCUGACUUCAACUGGAUUGGCCGAAGGGUGUGGACUUAGCGUCUAUGGGAUGCUGUUGGUUGACCACCUUUUCCACGUCUGGACUUCCUACCAAGGGGUGCCCUGCCGGUCUCUGUCCUAUGUUGAUGAUUGGCAUGUGUUCACUUGGGACGUUGACUAUGCCGUGCGGCAAUUGGACUUGGUUGUGGAAUUUGCCUCCAUGUUGGAUUUGACUGUGGAUCGUCGCAAGACUGUUGCUUGGUCCACCGAUGCCCAGACACGGAAAGCCCUGAGAGACCGCAAUGUUCCUGUGGUUCACCAAGCCCGUGAGCUCGGAGGCCAUUUCGGGGUGUCCCGACAGUUCACCAACAAAACGGUGACGCAGAGGCUUGAGGCAUUGGAAGACUUCUGGCCGAAACUGCGCAGUUGCAGAGCCAGACAUUCUGCAAAAGUGCACAUGUUGCGGGCGGUUGCCUGGCCGCGAGGGCUCCAUGCCAUUGCCAGUGCGCCAAUUGGUGAUCAUGUUUGGACUGAACUUCGCCGUCGUGCCACUAAUGCCUUGACUUGCAACAAGCCUGGUGUGAACUCUCACUUGCUCCUUGGUCUGGUUGAGGUGCGUGCUGAUCCCCAGUUGGUUGCUUUGCUUUGGACGUGUCGGGCUGCCCGUCUCAGUUGUGACCUUGACUUCUGGACUGCCUCAGUCGCUAGUGUGGCCCAUGGGGACAUGGACUUACCCCCCAAUUCGGUGGCAUCAGUGUUGUUGGGUCGUCUCCAGCAUGUGGGACUCCAUGUUGAUCGACUUGGUUUAGUCCAUGAUGCGUUUGGCUGCUUCUCGGUUCAUCAGGGCAAUUUUGCUGAGGUUGAAAUGAGGCUCACCUGGGCGUGGUAUCAAGUGGUUGCUUCGAAGGUUCAACAUCGUUCUGAAUUUCAUCGACUUUGGCAGGUCGAUGUACCUGCUACCCGGCGUGCCCUUGCUGCUUUGGCUCCGGACGACCAGGCUCUGCUGCGGUUUGGAUUGACUGGUGGACUUUUCACUGAGGCCUACAAAGCCAAAUGGGCUGAUCAAUCAGAUGUUUGCAGAUGGUGUGGGGGGCGUGAUACUCUGCAACACCGCUAUUGGGAGUGCAUUCAGCAUGCAGAUCUUCGUGCCUCUCUUGCGGCCGAUGCGGCCAAUGUUUGGACUUCCCUGCCCCCUGCCCUGUCUUUGCGUGGGUGGGCUCUGUUGCCUCCCACUUGGCAAGCUUGA